GGGUCGAGAGAGGGGUGUGGUCACCAUGGGUUGAAGCUCGAAGAUGACUUCGGCUGUUGGAGUGUGUUGGCGCUGUGCUCGCCACGUGCGUGUGUUCACUCUCCGCAGAGGCUCAUGGGGCCACUGCAGGUCUGGAUACCAGAUAGCCGCCCUGGCAGCUCGCCUUUUCAACUCCAAGCCACCUCCAGUGGUAGAUGAGACUGCAGCUGUUGAAGACGACAGGAUGGCGGAACCAGCAGUGAGUAAGAGAGUCCUCUCUGGCCAACCACUGCGACAAGACCAGCAGUCGCCACCCAAGUCAUGUGAUAGUGGACUGUCAAGAGUCCAGCUAGCCACUGGAGAUCUGGAGACACUGCUGGAGGGAUUCUCCCAGAGACCUGGUGUUCAACUGGCUGCUGUCGAGAUGGGGAUACCAGAGGGGAUCCUGAAGAGAUCGCUGAAGAGUUUCAGAGACAGUCUCGCGGACACGGUGUCCCUCUCUCGCCAGCCCCUCCUCUUCAAGUUGCUAGGUGACAUCAUCGCCGGCUCCGCCCACAUUGACGACCUGUUCCCCUACUUCCUGAGCCACACGAGGGAGACGUACCCGGCCGCCACUGUCGUGCCUCAGCUACAGAAGAUCUGCGAUCUCACUCAGCCUCAUAUGUGGUACCCAAGAGCAAGAGCCUUCAAGAGAAGGUUUGUGUUUCACGCUGGACCCACAAACUCCGGGAAGACGCACAACGCACUGGAGAGGUUCCUGAGUGCCCACACUGGCAUCUACUGCGCUCCGCUGCGCAUGCUGGCCCACGAGAUAUAUCGCCGGUCAAACGCCAGGGGCACCCCCUGUGAUUUGCUGACUGGAGACGAGAAGCAGUUUGCCAGUGGAGAUCCCGACGCUCCGUCCGGUCACUUGUCCUGUACAGUAGAGAUGACCAACACCGAGUCCUACUAUGAUGUGGCAGUGGUAGAUGAGGUGCAGAUGAUCGAGGACCCUGACAGAGGAGGAGCCUGGACAAGAGCUAUUCUUGGUCUCCCAGCGGAGGAGAUUCAUCUGUGUGGCCACGAGAGUGCUCUUCCUCUGGUCCGUCGACUGACUGACACCAUCGGAGACCAACUGGAGGUGUGUAGGUACGAGCGUCUCUCUCCCCUGGUCCCCCUCGACCGUAGUCUGGAGGGAGACUUCAGGAAUGUGGCCAGAGGCGACUGCGUCGUCAUCUUCUCGCGACACAAACUGUUCCAGAUUCGUCGGAGGGUCGAGAGAGCAACUAACCAGCCGUGUGCCGUCAUCUACGGUGGUCUACCUUCUGGUACCAGAGUGCAGCAAGCUGAGCUGUUCAAUGAAACUGGCAAUUCCUGCGAGAUUAUGGUGGCCACUGACGCCAUUGGAAUGGGCCUCAACCUGAACAUUCACCGCAUCGUACUCUACGACCUCACCAAGUUUGAUGGCCAGGAGGUUCGCCAGCUCACCUCCGCCCACCUCAAGCAGAUAGCCGGCCGGGCCGGGCGCUACGGUCUCGACUUUGACCGGGGAGAAGUCACUACGUUCUAUCCUCAAGACCUGAAGAAACUCCACUCACUGUUAUCCAGCCCCGAAGAAGACAUCAAGCAAGCGGGCAUCUUCCCCACGAGUGAGCAGAUAGAGCACUUCUCCCAGCUGUUGCCCGGGGCCUCGUUUCUCGACAUCCUCUCCCUCUUCUUCAAGAUGGCCACCAUCGAUGGGACCUUCUUCCUCUGCAAGGUGGAGCAGACGCUGGAGGCCGCCCGCUGUCUCCACGGACUCAGCAUACCUCUGAGGGACAUGUACAAGAUGUGUCUGGCCCCCACAGAGAAAGAAUAUGGCCGGGAGAUACUCAAACAGGUUCAUGCUUAUACCGUGGAUGCUUAAAAGUUAGUACACAAGAGAUACAUAGCAAUGUAACGUGACCGAAUGAUAUCUCAAAAUGGGGUCUGCGUUGAAUUUUCCCCGCAGUAUGCGACGGACUACAGUUGUGGUGAACACGUGACGUUCUCCAGACUGUGUGAGAUUGAUUGGGUGGCCGAAACGAGCCCCUCUCUCCCCCGUCCAACUCAUUAUAUUUGAGAGAAUCCACGAGGCCAUUGACCUCUACCUUUGGCUCAGUAUGCGGUUCCCAGAGUGUUUCGUGGCAGUUGACGAGGCGAGGGGGCUCCGGCAGACGGUAGAGACGGAGAUCCAGUGCUACAUAGAGAAACGACACAGUCUCAGGGAUGGUGAGCCCUGUCGGCAGCAGGGGUACCGACAGGGGAGGGGCAGCAGUAGAGGAGGCAGGCCGACUCGCAACUCCUCGAGGAGUGGGAGUGCGAGUGACUCUGGUAAAAGCCGGACAAACAGAACACAGUCUUAGACCACAUCUCACAUAUCAGUGUCACAACGAUGACACACAAGGAACGAAUUCUGUCAUCUUGUAAUUACUGUAUCUCUAGCGCUUGCGCGUGAAAUGCUUUGCUUAUUAAGUCAGAUGUCAUUGAGUCCGGAUCUGGAUCCUAGCUACUUUGUAUAAGUUAAAAUCCUUGGUAUAUAUACAAACACAAAGUUUUGUCACUAAGUAUUGCUCCACACAAAAGUAUGUAUAAAAAUUCAUAACAACAUAGCAUAAUAAAUUCAAUGCGAACAGUGCAUGACGAUGUGAUACACACACAAUGUCGGUCUAUGGUCGAAUAUAAAGUGUGGUAUAAUAAAUAUCUCCUCCUGCUAAAAGAGCUCCUGCUGGGACCCUAAUAUGGACUCUGUCGCUGUGUCAUCCUUUACGUCUCCAUCUUCUUCCCCUGGCCCCUCCUCUCCCCCUCCCCCCUCUCCACCUCUCCUAAUGUCCACCAGGCUUCCCUCUCAAACCUUGGUCGUUAGGUAUAUCUAAUGGAGUGGUGCCCCCGUUGACCAGCGUAUGUCCACUGCUGGAAGAUUGAGGCGACGUCAAAUCUAUGACAUCACAGUUGUGUUUGGACGGGUUCGUUACUAAAGGGGCCUCCCUCUCGAAAUCUAUGAGUGGUGCCAUUUCUAUGUGAUCCCUGUUAGUAGCAUUUUCGUUGGUGAGUGGUGUUAUCACUGGCAUGGUGGUCUGAUCCGAGUCAAUGUACGGUGUUUGAUUCCCUUGUGACACUGCUGAAAAAGGACAUAGAGUGAUAAUGAGAGAACGAUUGGCAGAAAGAAGACGAGGGAGAGUCUGAGAAGGGUAUAACAGAACUUUUAGGAAAAGGGGGGGAGGGAGGGAGGGUGCAAAUAACAAUGAAGAUGUCUGGCACUAGUUCAGGAGCUAGAUAGGAGAAACAGAAGCGUUCAUUGCCAUCUGGAUUAAAAUAGCCAGCCAAUGUGCGCUCCCCAAGACACAAACAGAGGCUGACCUGGGUCUUUCCCUGGUUCCUCUGCCGGUGGUGGCUCUGCAAGUGUCGUCAGUUCCUGGAGUUGUCUCUCUAGCUGCUCAACCUCCCUCGCUUCCCUCUCGACGGCCAAACUGGCCUCUGACAGACUCUCACACAGCGGCUACAUUGGACACACCACAGUGCACGCAACACACCAACACACAACACUCUUAAAAGCUCAUCCGUCGCCGUGAUAUUGUUGCAUAACUCACUUUUAACCGUCCCAGAAUGGCCUUAUACAGUUGUUCUGACAGCAUCGGUUGUUGCAUGUGUCCUUCCGAGUUCACGAAAUUUGUUCUGUGUUGUUGUAGGGUUGAGGAGUAGUGGGGGAGGGAGGAGGGAGUUGGGGUGAGGGGGAAGAGCUGGUAGGGUACUGUGGCCGUCACCUGCAGGUUCACUAUCCCCACCUUCACUGGUUGAAGAGACGUUCCUAUCCAGUUGUGGAAGGAGUAGUCAGUGGAGUGGACCAUUGAGCCUUCGACAACCAUCUCUGUCACUAGUCCAAACAGGAAAU